AGCCUCCUCCGCACGGAAUCUUCGAUUCCCGCAUCCCUGCGUGCAAUUAUUAUGUCACUGGACGGACUGAUAAUUGGCCUCGUGGGCUUUCUCCGCCGGCAUCCCCUCUUUCGCCUUUUCUUCAUCCUCUACCUCUUUUUCCUCCAUCUUUGGUUUGGUUUCGCCUUCUUCCUCUAUGCUCCGGCUCCGCUGACGUCCUCACCGCACCCCGUUCCCCACCCGUAG